GACAGGUGGAUCUGCUCCCAGCUGAAGCAAAGAGGGUGGAGGAGGACGGAUGACGCGCAGCCGCCUCAGAUUUGAUUUUGUUCUGCAGGAAAAAAGAAAAGAAAGGGAAGCAAGCCGCUCCUCUUCAUCACAUUUCACUUUCGCAAGACUGAGGGGGAAACAAAGAAGUCAGGAUGUAGACUCCGCCAGGUAACUAGUUUGAUGUGAGCCGUUUCUCAGUUGGAGCGCUCCGCUCGCGUUCCGCGGGAGUACCCAUCGAUCCAUCCCGGAGGAGAGGCGCUGCUCGCAGCCACAGCUUGCUGGAUGGAUCGGACCUUAAUUGAACCAGCGGGCUCGUCAAAACUCUACAGUUCGCAUUUUGACUAGAAAUUGACAUUUGAAUCUGGUUUUUGAUGCCAGUUCACUUUGAGGACAAUUUAGUCUGAAGGCAAAGAAGACUACGUCCAAGGCUCAGUUUCACAAUGGCAACAGGAGUGGCAGCAUGGCUUCCUUUUGCCAGGGCCGCAGCUAUUGGCUGGAUGCCUGUGGCCAACUGCCCCAUGCCAAUUGCACCCAGAGACAACAGCAAAAAACAAGAUGAGCUGAUCAUCCUUAAUGUCAGCGGUCGCCGCUUCCAGACAUGGAGGACAACUCUGGAUCGAUACCCAGACACGCUGCUAGGUAGUUCUGAGAAGGACUUCUUCUACAAUGAGGAAACCAAGGAGUACUUCUUUGACAGGGAUCCCGAUGCCUUCAGAAGCAUCCUGAACUUCUACAGAACUGGGAAGCUCCACUAUCCCCGUCACGAGUGCAUCUCUGCCUAUGACGAGGAGCUGACGUUUUUUGGCAUCAUACCUGAGAUCAUUGGUGACUGCUGCUAUGAAGAGUACAAGGACAGAAAGAGGGAGAACUUGGAGAGGCUGCAGGAUGACCAGGAGGAAAACAAGGACCUGAAGCAAUCCAACUUAAACUUCAGGGAGACCAUGUGGCGCGCUUUUGAGAACCCUCACACAUCUACCCUGGCCUUGGUCUUCUACUACGUCACUGGUUUCUUCAUUGCCGUCUCCGUUAUCACCAAUGUGGUAGAGACGGUGCCCUGUGGUUCAAACUCCAACCAAAAAGACAUGCCUUGUGGCGAACGCUACACGGUGGCGUUCUUCUGCAUAGACACAGCGUGUGUCAUGAUAUUCACUGUGGAGUACCUGAUGCGCUUAUUUGCUGCACCUAGCCGUUACCGUUUCAUGCGCUCCGUGAUGAGCAUCAUUGACGUUGUGGCCAUUUUGCCGUACUACAUUGGCUUGGUGAUGACCAACAACGAGGAUGUGAGCGGUGCCUUUGUGACGCUUCGUGUGUUCCGAGUGUUUCGAAUCUUCAAGUUCUCCCGGCACUCCCAGGGCCUACGGAUCCUGGGUUAUACUCUCAAGAGUUGUGCUUCAGAACUGGGCUUCCUCCUCUUCUCGCUCACCAUGGCCAUCAUUAUCUUUGCCACAGUCAUGUUCUACGCUGAGAAGGGCUCCAGCUCCAGCAAGUUCACCAGCAUUCCGGCAUCCUUCUGGUACACGAUCGUCACCAUGACCACCCUGGGCUAUGGAGACAUGGUACCAAAGACGAUUGCUGGAAAGAUCUUCGGCUCCAUCUGCUCCCUGAGCGGCGUGCUGGUGAUCGCUCUGCCUGUCCCCGUCAUUGUGUCCAACUUCAGCCGCAUCUACCACCAGAACCAGAGAGCAGACAAACGUCGAGCUCAGAAGAAAGCCAGGCUAACCAGGAUACGAAUAGCAAAGUCCGGCAGCGCCAACGCCUUUCUCCACAGCAAACGCAACGGGCUUCUCAACGAGCUGCUGGAGCUGACGGGUACAGAAGAGGAUGAGCAGAAGCUGAUGAAGUCCACCUCUCUGUUAGAGAGCCAACACCACCACCUGCUGCACUGUCUGGAGAAAACCACGGCUCAUGAGUUUGUGGACGAGCAGAUGUACGAGCAGAACUCUCUAGAAACAGCAUUGCAAGCUUAUCCGUCCCACAGCCCUUCCAUAGCCUGCCACAGCAGCCCCGCUGUGACCUGCUGUGGCAGAAGUGGAAAGAGAAACUCUCCUCUGCCCAAUGCCAGCCCGUCUCCCGCCAACCCCAUCCCAGCUCACCAGAGCCAGCUGCAGGAGCUCAGUGCCCUCCACAUACAGAGGGGUAACCCGCUGACACACACUAGCAGCCGUUCAAACCUGAAUCUGAACCCUGACAACAGCAAAAGGAUCAACUGCAAAAGUGGGCGGAUCACCACGGCGAUCAUCAGCCUCCCCAUGCCUCCCGCUUUAACCCCAGACAAGGAUGGCUUCCACGGGGCACCGCAGAGGAGGCCGCCCCUGCCUCCAGGUCAUCCAGGAGCCCCGAGCAUCCAGACCACAACAAGCUCUGCUGGUGUCAACAUUGUCAAAGUCUCAGCUUUGUGACUUUCAGGCUGAAGGAUGUGGCUGGGUUCAGCAGAAGGGAAGAACAGAUGAAAGAGGAGGAGGGACUGUCUCCCCUUCUACGGGAUCAACAAGGAACCCCGUACUCCAGGUUUACGGAGUGGACUGUGAACCAAGAAUCAUGUGUUGUUCAGUGUUUGUUCUGCUACACAGACUCGCUGCAUUUAGUUUUUAACAGCAGUACAGAGGUUUUUACACCUUAUGAAUGAACAACAGACAUUUAGCAUAAGCAUCACCGCAGGAUGAUUAAAUGCCACUAAUCAAUAAUCAGUUUCACCUGAAUUCACAGUGAAAUGGAUAUUAUUUGUCUUUAACUCUUGAAGGAAGAUAUAGAUGUGGAUUGUGUUCACUGUAAUUGUAUUGCUCUUGUUUGUGUCAUGUGUGGAAAAAGAAAUGAAAAUGUUUACCUGUUUAACCUUAACGCCCCCCAAUUGGGGGCCUCUACAGUUUCAUGUCCCAAACAUCUACAACUGUCCACAUUCUCCAAACACAACUGAAAUCAUCUGACCUUCAGUGGUGUCUGCUGGGGAAAAAAAACUUGAACAAAUUUAGUUGAGGACCCCCGGAAUAAAUAAAACAAUUGACUAAAUUUCUAAAUGAAAUUUGAACUCAAAACCUCCAUCCUGUCAGCACUUUCACACAGGGCUGCUCUUCUAAAAUAAAGUUCAAGUAUUAUUUUAUCUUAAUGUAUCAAAAACCAAAAAUUGCUUUGUUUACAAUCUAAACUGUUUUGAUUGUAGCUGUAGCUGUGCUCGGGGAAUGCAUACAAUCACUGACACGUGGGACAUGAAACUCCAAAGGCCCCCAAUUGGGUGGCGCCAGGCCCCAAAGAAAAAAGGCCUAGGGCCUAAAGGGUUAAAAAAUGUAUACAUUUUUUUUCUUUAAAGCAUUAUUUUAAAAGUCGCACACACAAAGCUACUAAUUUCAUCAAUGAACUGUUGGAUGUUCGUGUCUUGUUCAAGAUUCAAUCCAAACUAAGUUUUAGUCAAUGAAGGAACAUCCUGCAGUUGAACUGUGAAGGUUUUACAUACUUGAAAUAAAGUUAUGGGUCUAAACCUGAUCAUGAAAAAAAAAUAAAAAUUCUGACCACAAAAUUAGUUGAAGAAAAUGUUUAUUUUUCAUUGUUUCUAAUGUGACUCUUCAUUCCCUUCUUCUUCUCUAGAGCUGCUUUUUCUAACAUCCUAUCACUCAGUCUCUAGUGGUACUUUUGUUAUUUAUGCAGACUGAUAAAUUUGCAAAAAUGCUGGAGUUUACAAAAAGCUAGUGAAAGGGAAACAUCUAAGCUUUUAUGCUAAAGAUUAAGAAACAUUUUCUAGCCCACAAAAUAAAAGAAUGGGAAUAAUCUUUCUAAAACUACUGUAUAUCAUAUUUUUUACACCGUGAAAGAACAAAAGUUAAAGAUGAAGUUCCCACUAGUGGCUGGCUGCAAUAGAUGUUUUAAGCCCCGCCCCCUCCCAGUAAAGGUUGAACAUCGAUGGAAAGUUUUAUAUGCUGAGAUUAAGUAUGGAGGGCAGAAAAUAUGAAAUUUAAUUUGAUGUUUCUGGUUUUGAGAGGUGAAUAUUAGAAAAGCCCUCGAGUUGAGACGAUACUGGAUGUGUGUAAAAUAUCUGUAGCGUUUAAUGUCUUCAUCUUUUUGUGUCGUCUUUGUGAAACUAGAUGUUCACGUUGGAGCCCAAAGCCCAAUCUUUCUUGACCUGAUUGUCAACUGAACAGCUAAAUUUUUCAUUUAAAUAUAUGCAAUAUUCUACAAGAAUUAACACUUUUGAGAAGAACAUUUUAAAAUAAAAUCCCAAUUUCUAGCUGUAUUUAUACUUGACAACUGCCACUGACAGUUUUCCUUCUCACUUUAAAUUAUUUUCAAUUUCACAAAAAGGUUUUCAAAGUUCUGUAGACAAAACUUUAGAAGCUGCUAAUUAAAAAAACUGGAAAAAAUCUGAUCAUUAAAAAAUAAGCUGGUUCUCACAAAUAAAUCCUUAUUUUAGCACCUGCUGCACUUUUAUGAUGAUCUGAACUGUUGUUUGGGCCCGUUUACAUUUGAAAUCUGUGCUGAAGUGAUUUGCAUCAAAUAAAUGUGUUGAUUUGUCAUUUGGGCUGUUUGUCUGGUGGAGUGAAAGACGAUUGUUUAACAUCCUUUUUUAUUACAUGAAAUCAGCUUGUUUUUUGCCUCAUUUGUAAAUUUUGCGUUGCAGUUUUGUAUUUGUUUUAAAACAGAUUGUUGUUUUGUUUUUUGUUUGGUUUUUGUGCUAUUUUGCAAAAUAUGAAAAAUUAUUUAGAUGUUUUUUAUUGUGGGGACGCAAUGUUAUUAUUUAAAAUAUCAGGUGUCAGUUGAGUCGUGAUGUUAAUAACCUCUCAAACAAUAUUUACACUUUAAGGCUUUUUGCAGCAUCGUACAUCAAAUUUAACAGUUCUAUUAAAAGUAAAAAAUAGCAUUUUUCACACUGAAGUGAAUACUGAUAUUUGUCAUUGUAGAAUAUAUUUCCUUUUAAAGUUUGGGAUGAUUUUCAAAAGUCUUGGCAUUGCUGUUUGUGUUGUUUCUUAUCUUUUACCAAUCAGACGUGCUUUUCUGUCUGUUUGAUGUGUCCAUGAGAUCCUGUCAGUUCGUUAAAACCACUGUGAAGUGCCAGAUGAAAAUUAAAAUCUGACACAGCAUUCAGAGUGGAUGUGUUCUUUCUUUGUUACCACCUGCUGUUUACCCUCACUUCCUUUUAUAUGCAGUUCAAGGCCAAUUCUGAGUGCUGAACAGAGAGAAUCAGCACAUGAUAAUUGUUUUCUGUGUCAUUUUGACUGGUUUGCAUUUCUUGAAAGGUGCAUUAUUUUAAUCUUGUCAUGAAUUCUGAAAGAAAAGACUUAAAACUGUAAAGCUUCAAAGGAGCCAGAUCCUGCUAUUUUAAAUCUUUGAGAGUUAUAGGCACAAAACAUGAUAGAAUAUGACCAAAGGUGCUGUUGAGACAUGUCAGUAGACCUACGAACACUACUGAGGGAACAACCCUUGGCUUAAAAUACAAACUCAUGAAAUUGUGAGGAAAAUAAACACCACAAAACUUAAAAGAAUAAAGAAUUUGUGUUUUGCUUUGCUUUUAAAUAUUAAAUCACAGCAAAGCAAUACGGUAAUACACGCCAACUGUCAGGAUCUGGGGUGAGUCAGCACCAUUCUGCUAAUCAUACCCCAAGUCUCUGCAGGUGGGCGGUUCCAGAGAGCGGCCAGCUGCAGGCUAUCCCUAAUCUACCGGUCCAGCGUUUAUAAGGAGCAGAGAGAUCACUUCACCUCGCCGGAUGAUUACUCACCUUGGGUAGCUCAGGGGCGUGUCCAGGGAGUGGCCUGGGGUAGCAAAUGCCACCCUUGGAAUCUGAUUGGCCACCCCAGGUGCCACCCCACAGAAUUCUCUUUAAACAGGCUUUAAAUUUUCCACAAAAGGUUUGGGGUAAAACAAAAAAUAAAGUAUAACCAUUGGUGCCACCCAUGCACAAUAUAGUGCCUCACCUGGGCUACCCCAUUUUAAAAGAUCUGGACACGCCACUGGGGUAGCUCUCUCCAGCUAGAGUUAAAACUACAGUCUUAGUCCCUGUUUUUGUGCUCAUGUGUUAUUGUUGUUUAGACUUACUUC